AUGUCAUUUCCCUUAUUGCCAUUAGUGUCUUCUCCUAGCGAAAACGAUAUUAUUAGUGAGGUCUCAGUGGUCGGACAAAUUUUACUUCCCUAUGACUCAAUACAAUUAUCGAAGCACUUUUUAUCACAAUUUCCGAACCACCUUAAAAUAAACGUUGAUGUUUCCAGUAAUGAGGUUCUGACGGAUGAUGUUAUUGAUGUUUUGAAUAGUGGAGUAAAUGAGGUUUUCGUUUCAGAGAUCCAAGCCGAAGAAGCGAUAAGCUCAGGUUUGCCAAGUUCAAGGUUGGUCAUUAGGGUCGCUUCUGACGACAUAGCUUCUAAAAUCAUUGAUUCCGAUGCUUCUAUAGUUCUCAAGUCUGGAAAUACUAAAGAAGUGGUUCUGCAGCUUGCAAACGGUGGUAAUAGGACCGUUUACUACCAGCUCGAAUCUCAAGAUCAAAAUACUGCGAAUAAUUUGGCUAAGGAUGGAUUGGUCCUCAUAGUGGAAGCAGAAAAAUUGACAAAGCUUCCUCAUGAUUCGAACAAGAUUUCAAUUUCUAAUCUAUUUACUUCAACCUUAACGACAGAUCGGAACGAUGGUUUAUUCACAACCCUUGUGACAACCCCUGCUCCUUCUUUCACAGCUUUGGGGAUUGUCUAUUCUUCUGUUGAAUCUAUUCAAGCUGCUAUAGCAGAAGGUGAAGGUGUAUACCAAUCGAGGAAGCGUAGAAACGAAUUGUGGUAUAAGGGUAGAACUAGUGGAGCUACCCAGAAGUUGGUCGCAUUGGAAAAAGACUGUGAUUCAGAUGCUAUCAAGUUCAUUGUUGAACAACGCCAGGGUUCAGGCUUUUGCCAUUUAGAUAAUCAUUUUACCUGUUUCCAUGACGGUGGCUUGAAGAAAAAAGAUGAAGGAUUGGGUACUGGAUUGAGCAAACUAGAUAAUACUUUAUCACAGAGGCUUGAAACAGCUCCUGAAGGUUCGUACACCAAGCGCCUCUUUGACGAUGGAGAUCUUUUGAUUGCUAAGUUGAAGGAGGAAUUGGAUGAAUUGAUUGAAGCUGGUGAAAAGAAAGAUAAAGAUGAGGUAGCUUGGGAAUCUGCAGAUUUGAUAUAUUUUGUGUUGGUUUGGUGUGUCAAGCAUGGUGUUAGAUUGCAAGACAUUGAAAAGAACUUGGAUAUUAAGAGUAUGAAGGUUUCCAGGCGUAAGGGUGAUGCUAAGCCGGCCUAUAUUUCAAAGAAACAAGAGGAACCUAUUGUUCAAAGUUAUAAAAUGGAAACUAUAAGAGUGAAUGGCAAGUCGACUAACAGUAUUCUGGUGCAGAAGGCAUUAAAGAGACCAUCUCAAAAAACGUCUGAGAUAAUGAAAUUAGUUCUCCCUAUUGUCGAAAAAGUUAAGAAGGAGGGUGACAAGGCUCUUUUAGAGUUGACAUCAAAGUUUGAUGGAGUCAAAUUAGAUUCUCCAAUCUUGGAGGCACCCUUUCCUCCUGAAUACAUGGAUAUUUCUGAUGAUAUGAAGUCUGCUAUUGAUUUGUCCAUGAACAAUAUUGAAACAUUCCAUAGAGCCCAAUUACCCAAAGAAAAGGUAAUGACAGUAGAAACGUCUUCUGGAGUAAAGUGCUCUCGUUUCAGCAAACCUAUAGAAAAUGUUGGUUUGUACGUUCCAGGUGGCACUGCUGUUUUGCCUUCAACUGCUAUGAUGUUGGGAGUUCCUGCCAAAGUGGCAGGGUGCUCAAACAUCAUUAUAGCCUCUCCCCCUUCAAAAAACGGUCGUCUUACACCAGAGGUUGUCUAUGUUGCUCAUAAAUUAGGUGCCAGAUGUAUUCUUAUGGCCGGUGGUGCCCAGGCAGUAACUGCUAUGGCUUAUGGUACUGAAAGCGUUCUUAAAUGUGACAAGAUUCUUGGUCCAGGAAAUCAGUUUGUCACUGCAGCUAAAAUGCAUGUUCAAAAUGAUACUCAAGCCUUAUGUUCUAUUGAUAUGCCUGCGGGUCCAUCUGAAGUUUUGGUGAUUGCUGAUGAAUCUGCUGAUGCUGACUUUGUAGCGAGUGACUUAUUAUCGCAAGCAGAACAUGGUGUUGAUUCCCAAGUGAUUUUGAUUGGAGUGGGCUUGAGUGAGAAGAAGUUGAGUCAAUUCGAAGCUGCAGUUGAGGCACAGGCUAAGGUUCUUCCUAGAAGAGAUAUUGUUUCGAAAUGUUUAUCUCAUUCCUAUAUUCUUUUAGUUGAUAAGUACGAGGAAGCUUUUGACUUAUCUAACGAGUAUGCUCCAGAACAUUUAAUUCUCCAGAUAGAAAAUGCUUCGUCAUAUGUCCCAGACUAUAUUGCCAAUGCGGGAUCCGUGUUUGUUGGUGGUCUUUCGCCGGAAUCUUGUGGUGAUUACUCUAGCGGUACCAAUCAUACUUUACCAACUUACGGGUAUGCUCGUCAAUACUCAGGUGUCAACACCUCGACCUUUUUGAAAUUCAUUACAUCGCAGGAAGUCAGCGAAGAAGGUCUUAAGAGCAUAGGUAAGGCUGUUAUGACCUUAGCUGCAGUAGAGGGUCUUGAGGCUCAUAGAAACGCAAUCCAUGUAAGAAUGGAGAAACUUGGUCUCCUUUAG